ACGUGUACCACCAGCAGCAGCAGCUUCCCUUCCUGCUAUCCGCUGAAGGCCCAGCUGUUGCAGAGGCUGGGAAAGGUGAGUCCAUUCAGCGGGGAAUCGCGCUGCUGGCAUCAGGAUCAGAGGCUGAGUUGAAGUUGCCCCUCCCCCAUGUCAACUGAGGAACACCUGGACCCGAUUCCUGACAGUUUCAUCCUGCAGCCGCCGGUCUUCCACCCCGUGAUUCCUUAUGGCACAACAAUUUUUGGUGGCCUGUAUGCAGGCAAGAUGGUCACGCUGCAGGGUGUGGUCCCUCUGCAUGCACGGAGGUUUCAGGUGGACUUCCAGUGUGGGUGCUGUCUGCAUCCUCAGCCAGAUGUUGCCUUCCGCUUCAGCCCUCGGUUCUACACUGUCAAGCCCCAUGUCAUCUGCAAUACCCUCCAAGGUGGACUCUGGCAAAAAGAGGUCCGGUGGCCAGGGGUCGCCCUGCAAAGAGGGGCUAGCUUCCUCAUCCUCUUUCUCUUUGAGAAUGAAGAGGUGAAGGUGAGUGUAAAUGGACAACACUUUCUUCACUACCGCUACCGGCUCCCACUGUCACGGGUGGAUACCCUUGACAUAUCUGGUGACAUCUUGGUAAAGGCUAUUGGAUUCCUGAACAUCAGUCCAUUUGUGGAGGGUAGCAGAGAGUAUCCAGUUGGAUAUCCCUUCCUGCUGUAUAGCCCCAGGCUGGAGGUGCCCUGCUCACGUGCUCUUCCUCGGGGUCUCUGGCCUGGGCAAGUCAUUGUAGUUCGAGGACUGGUCUUGAAAGAGCCAAAAGAUUUCACCCUGAGCCUGAAAGAUGGGGCCACCCAUGUUCCUGUGACACUCAGGGCUUCCUUCACAGACAGAACACUGGCCUGGGUCUCCUCCUGGGGACGAAAGAAGCUGAUCUCAGCCCCCUUCCUCUUCCACUCCCAGCGAUUCUUCGAGGUACUGCUUCUGUGCCAAGAGGGAGGGCUGAAGUUGGCACUCAAUGGGCAGGGACUGGGGGCCACCAGCCUGGACCAGAAAGCCCUGGAGCAGUUGCGGGAGCUCAGGAUCAGUGGAAAUGUCCAUCUCUACUGUGUCCACUGCUAAGAAGGGUUCCGAGGGCACCCCUGCCAGAGAAGAGGAGGGGCAGCUGCAACCAGGGCUCCACAGUUACAGCCCCAUUCUCCUGUUCUCAGUGGAGAAACUGACC